CAUGAUGAAAAUCACAAAAGGAGACUACUCAUGCCAGGCAACUUGGUGUGUAGCGAGGCCAUCUACUUCAAGUCAAGACUUGCAGAAAAAUAUUGACUACGUGUGUACUAGGUUGGGCGACUGUCGUAUGAUUGCACCAGGAGGGGCUUGUUAUGAACCAAAUACAUUGAUCAGCAGAGCUUCAGUUGUUAUGAAUCUUUACUACCAGCAAAACAAACGAAACUUUUUCAAUUGUGACUUCUCAGGCUCUGCAAUUGUUGCUGUCACAGACCCAAGCUAUGGUAAUUGCAAGUACAAGUUUCAACAGUAAGAGUUUCGCAUACAUGGAUUCAUGAUUUUUGUCAUGAGAGAUGUUUUAUUUGAUUGAAGAUUGAUAUAUUACAUAUUUAUAUAUUUAGG